CUUGAGGGGUUGAGGGGGGGGGGGGGGCAACGGGGACGGGACGAGGGACCCCCCGAUGGUGGCGGCGUCGCCUCCUCAGCCCCCCCGCGAGGACCAGGAGGCCGGCGGGAGCUGCCGGGGGGGGAUGGGCGGCCGCAGGGCGCGGCCGGAACGGUUCUGCGCGGCCGCGUUUCCCGCCCGGCCUCCCCGGGCCUUGACGGGCUGAAGGACCAAGAUGGCGGCGCCCGGCGGCGGGGGGGCCCGGGGGAGGCCUCCCGCCGUCACCCCCCAGCAGAUCCGAGACCUGAUCGAUGGCGGCAUCGCUCCCGAAGCCGCCGGGCCCGACGGGAAGGACACAUCCGACUGGUUGGAAGCAGCUAAUGGAUCUUCCCCAGUGGAUGCUCUGGCCCUGGAGUCUGCCAGCAAGGAGGCCUAUUUCAGCAGAGUAGAAACCUUCACCCCUCUGAAGUGGGCAGGGAAGCCCCACGAGCUGUCCCCCCUGGUUUGUGCCAAGUAUGGCUGGACCAACGUGGAGUGUGACAUGCUGAAGUGCUCCAGCUGCCAGGCUUUCCUCUGUGUCAGCCUGCAGCUCAGCUUUGACUUCACCAAGUACAAGGAGCGCUGCGUGGAGCUGAAGAAGGCCUUAUGCUCUGCUCAUGAGAAGUUCUGCUUCUGGCCAGACAGCCCCUGCCCAGAUCGUUUUGCCAUGUUGCUGGUGGAUGAGCCCAGAGCCCUUCUCCAGGAUUUCCUGGAUCGCUUUCGGAGCCUGUGCCAGCUGGAGCUGCAGCUGCCCUCCCUCAGACCAGAAGACAUGAAAAACAUGUCCCUGACAGAGGAAAAGAUCAGCCUCCUCCUCCAGUUGAUUGGGGAGGAGCUGGAGCAGAAAAGGGAGGAUGAGAAACCACCAAUGAAGUUUUCCACAGAAAUGCUGCCAGUGCAUGUUCCUGCCUGCAUCCUGGCUCUGUGUGGCUGGACUUGCAGCGCCACCUCUGGCUCCGUGCACCUCUCGGUGAUCACCUGCUCCCGCUGCAUGAGGAGGGUGGGACUCUGGGGCUUCCACCAGCUGGAGUCUGGGGGCCUGGAGCUGGACUCCUGCAGCCCCAGCAGCGCCGCACCCGCCGAGCGGCUGCUGCUCCUGCCCACGUCUCCACGCAGGAUGCUGACACGGAGCCAGGACACACUCCCUCCAGGCUCUGAGCAGCAGGAGAAGAGCCCAUCCCCAUCCAUCCCUCGCCCACGGGGCUGGGACUCUCCCAUCCCCACGGACAGGAGUGACCUGGAGGUGGCCAGUCCCACUCCGAGGAGCCGCCCUGUCACCCGCAGCAUGGGACAAGGGGACAACGUGGAGGUGCCAUCCAGUCCUCUCCGUAGAGCCAAGCGGGCACGGCUCUGCUCCUCCAGCAGCUCAGACACUUCUUUGAGGAGCUUCUUUGACCCCAGCUCACAGCAUCGUGACUGGUGUCCCUGGAUCAAUGCCGUGGAGGGAGGGGAAGCCCUGGAAGACACCACAGCCCAGGUGGAGAAGGAGCCUGUGAAGGCAGAGCCAGGCUGGCGAGUGGUCCUGGACACUCUCCUUGCCACCAGGAAGUGUGACAGAGUGCCUGAGACAGAGCCUGUGAGUCUCUCAGUCAAGUCCUCCAAGGUGUUCCGCAUUUUCCGGCAGUGGGAGAGCAUGAAUUCCUCCUGAACCCACCACUGCCUCUGGGAAUCUCCAGCCAGGGGCCUGGGGCAAGCCCCUGGGUCUGGCAGGGAUCGGCUUUGCAGUUGCUCCCACGGCAGCUCCGUGCCCUGGGGAGGGGAUGUCCAAGAGGGUCUGUGCCAAACGCAGCCCCGAGCAGCUGCUGGGACCCCCUCCUCCCUGCCUGCCUUCCUUGAAGCCCACCCUGCCUGGACAAGUUGCUGCUGGAGCCCUUGGCCCCUGGGGCUUCCACAGCUCCAGCUGCUGCCCUUGGCCCCCAGGGCUUCCACAGCUCCAGCUGGACGUGCCGCGGGCGUGCGGGCAGAACCAGGAGACCUGGUCACCUCUGCAGGGUGACAGUCUUGUCCAGCUGUGACCUGCCACCCACGGCCCAGGGAAGGGAUGCCAGGUGGGAAUAAACAUUUCACUUUU